AUGGUUGAAUCCACGGAAACUGAUCUCAAACAAACAAGUAGCGAGACGAGAGACAUAAAUAAUUCCCCAAGUACCCCCAAAGACCAAAUUGUUAUGGAUCCAAUUUUCACUCCCCCCGCCAGGAAAACGAACAAUAUUCCAAUAGAGCUUGUGCGUGCCACAGAACGACUAAGAAUUAAAGAACAAGAAGGCACCUUCAAGCCAACACUUGCUGAGGAAAAUGAUGAUGCAAAAAUAGACUGCUUACGGCCAUGUUCAACCCGGCUCCUAGCCACGUUGGAAUUUGAUGGAAGUGUCAAGAAGUUACCAGGUAAGAUAUCCGAAUACAUUUCGGAUAUUUUCAGUUAUCUGAGGUCCCUAGAAGAUAACUUUCACAUUCCGGACAAUUUCCUAAGUGGUCACGCCACCACACCCCGAAUGCGCGCGAUUCUAAUCGAAUGGAUAAUAGAAGUCCAGAUGAAAUACAAAAUGUGUCCGGAGACGCUCCAUCUUUGCGUUUGGAUCGUGGACAGGUAUCUGCAAGAAACGAAGUCGGUGGGACGUAAGUGUCUACAGCUUGUUGGGACUUCUGCCUUGUUGAUCGCUUCCAAAUAUGAAGAAAUGGAUAUUCCCGACGUAGAAACCUUCAAGAACCUGACUGAUUACGCUUUUUCUAACAGGCAGAUCCUGAAGAUGGAAAGACAAUUAUUGAGAGCGGUGGACUUCAGUUUGGGACGACCCCCGCCCCUUAUAUUCCUGAGGCGGUAUAAUAGGAUCGCGCAAACUCGAAAAGAACACCAUUUUCUCGGAAUGUAUUUACUGGAGUUAGGUUUGAUGGAGCCGAAGAUGAGUCCGGUGAAGCCUUCGCUUCAAGCUGCCGCAGCUUGUUGUUUAUCCAUGGGGAUUUUGGAUGGAACUGACGAUUUUUCAAAAUUAUGGGUUCCUGCUCUAGCUAGGGAGACCAAAUACACAUAUACAGAUUUUGAAGGGGCAGUAGCCAUAUUAGUCGAAAUCAUCGGUAAAUGUGAUAUGCCAUUCUACAAGACGGUCUGGAGGAAAUAUGCCAAACCGAAAUAUGGUAAAAUCAGCGUGAAUUUGAAAUUGAGAGACUUUGUCCUUGAAAUGACGGCAGACGAAACGCGAUCAAGUACGGAUUGA